AUGGACCUCACCGACCCCGCCCACAGCCUAGGCACCUUCCGCACACACCCACGCACCAGCCGCUCCGGCGACCAAGAACUCCCCUGGAAACUGAUCAUCCCGGGCGGCGAAGACGACGCCCACGAGCAGCAACAGCACAAUACCUCAACCCCAACCCCCAUCCUCAGACCCACCACCACCACCGGUCUCCACCCCGAAUCCACAGAAACAUGGUCCGCCCGCAUAACAGGGGAAGUCCUCCGCAGCAUCGGCAAGAACAGCAUCCUCGUUCCGCCGCGCCCAUCACCCCAGCAGCAGCAGCGCUCUAAAUCCGCACCCGCGCCAGCACCCGAACAGGAAGCAGAUUCGAUAUCUCCGAAAUCGAAGAGAUUAUCCCCGGUAGUAGGAUCACGACCAGGACCAGGACCAGGACCAGGACCAGAACAGGGGGGAGGGAGAGGGGGUACCAGCUGGCGGACGGCGACGACGACACCCCUCCUCACCCCCAGCCCCUACCCCCACUCCCACCCCCACAGUCCAAGCCCAGGCCUAAACCCAGGCCAAGGCCGGCCCUUCCUCCGCCGAGGAGGAUCUACUACGGACACGAACACGAACACGGACACCGUCGGGGGUGGUGGUGGUGGUGGCAGGACCCCGUCCCCGCUACCGCCGCCUCCACCUCUACCUCCACCGUGCACGAAAGUUGAUCUCCCAGCGUUACCGGGGUCGAGUGGAUCGCUGGCGCGGGGGAAGGGGCUGCAGGAGCAACAACAUCCCGAACAACCCAGCCCCUUGACGGAGGUGGCGAAGCAGACCGAAACCCCGAGCGGGAGUGCCGGGAAGCACGAGGACGACGAGGCGGAGGCCGAGAUCGUGAUGUUUAGUACAGCGUAUCCGGGGCAGGAGUGGAAGCCUGCCGGGUUCAUGGAGGCGCCGGGGUGGGGGUAUGAUUGA